UCAAUGAGCAAUUAAGCUUUCAACGAAGGAUAUUGCAGAGAAUGAUAUUGUUACAAUUGCUUUCUACGGGAUAUAGAAAACCGCUACAUGAAAAUUUGCAGAAAUUGUACACGAAAGCCAUGCUUCCGGAAAAAUGCCAAUCUUAUCAUGUUCAUUGAUAAAAUCGAAUUCUGUACUUUCAUCACUUAUGGAACUGGACUGUGCAACGGUGAUAGUGGUAGCGGAUUGAUUCGAAAUAGCGACAAUACAAUUGUUGGUCUGGUACCUGAUGGAAUAUCAUGCGCCGAGUGUUAUCCAGAUAUAUAUACUAAUGUCUAUUCAUAUGUUUCUUGAACAA